AUGACUUAUUUUUCCUAUAUCUGUAUAUUCACAAUAAUCUGUUGCAUUAUAACUACUGGAUCAGCAGCAAGUUUAUAUACUGAAAACGCAGUAAAUGAAGAAAACUAUAAUUCUGCUGUAGACCACACUUCCAUAGAAAAUUCGGAUUUUUCAAAGUUUUAUGUACGAGAUAAGUUACGUAGUCUGAAUUUGGCUAACUUGGAUUUGAGUGAUAGUAGUGCAAAUAAUAAGAUUUCAAGGAGUAAAGAAAAUAGCUUACAUGGUUUAAAUAAUGAAAAUACGGCCAAAGAGGUGAAUGAGUAUACAGAUUUGAGUAUACCUUCUAUAGCUCUAUCUCGUGAUACAGAACGUAAGCUUCAGGAUCAUAAAGCACACAGUAAGGUUGUGAAGCAUAGUGUUAUAUUACCUCUUGUUGAAGCUUAUUAUCCUAAGACUAAAGCUGAGGCAGAGGAAGGUUCAGCCAAACUGAGCUCUACUGAUGUUAGUUCAAAUGGUCCUAAAGAUAUAACUACUGAUGGAGUUGCUAAUACUAAUGUAACCUUCACGACGAAAUUACAUAACGACACUGAAAACAAGGAAGCUGUGGAACAAAAAGAGGAAAAGAAAGAAGCUGUGGAAGAGAAUGAAGAAAAGAAAGAAGCUAUAGAAGAGAAUGAAGAAAAGAAAGAAGCUGUGGAAGAGAAUGAAGAAAAGAAAGAAGUUGUGGAAGACAAUGAAGAAAAGAAAGAAGCUGUAGAAGAAAAUGAAGAAAAGAAAGAAGCUGUGGAAGAGAAUGAAGAAAAGAAAGAAGCUGUGGAAGACAAUGAAGAAAAGAAAGAAGCUGUGGAAGAGAAUGAAGAAAAGAAAGAAGUUGUGGAAGACAAAGAAGAAAAGAAAGAAGCUGUGGAAGAAAAUGAAGAAAAGAAAGAAGCUGUGGAAGACAAUGAAGAAAAGAAAGAAGCUGUGGAAGAAAACGAAGAAAAGAAAGAAGCUGUGGAAGAGAAUGAAGAAAAGAAAGAAGCUGUGGAAGAGAAUGAAGAAAAGAAAGAAGCUGUGGAAGAGAAUGAAGAAAAGAAAGAAGCUGUAGAAGAAAAUGAAGAAAAGAAAGAAGCUGUGGAAGAAAACGAAGAAAAGAAAGAAGCUGUGGAAGAAAACGAAGAAAAGAAAGAAGCUGUGGAAGAAAAUGAAGAAAAGAAAGAAGCUGUAGAAGAGAAUGAAGAAAAGAAAGAAGCUGUGGAAGACAAAGAAGAAAAGAAAGAAGCUGUGGAAGAAAAUGAAGAAAAGAAAGAAGCUGUGGAAGAAAACGAAGAAAAGAAAGAAGCUGUGGAAGACAAAGAAGAAAAGAAAGAAGCUGUGGAAGACAAAGAAGAAAAGAAAGAAGCUGUGGAAGAAAAUGAAGAAAAGAAAGAAGCUGUGGAAGAAAACGAAGAAAAGAAAGAAGCUGUGGAAGACAAAGAAGAAAAGAAAGAAGCUGUAGAAGAGAAUGAAGAAAAGAAAGAAGUUGUGGAAGACAAUGAAGAAAAGAAAGACAGUCAAGUGAUGGAACAAAUCACUAGCACUAACAAGAGUCAAAAGAGGCGAAAAAUCCAUAAAAGAAAGUCUUCUCAAAUAAACCAAAUGGUUGUCUCACCAACAACUCAAGAUAUGAAUCAAUCUUCUACUAAGGAACCUAAUACUAACAAGGAUAGUUUAUAUAUCGAUAAUUUAAAAUUGGAUAAUAUUAAUAAUAUUGCUCUAAUUAACACUAGUUCUCCCCAAAGUACUGAGGUGCAUCCUUCCUCCACAGCAUUACCUGUCAUGCCCGAUGCAGUAUUGCUAUCGAAUAAAGAUAAGGAACAACAUAAGCAAAUCGAAGCCAUCGUUUCAAAAUCCAAUUCUGUUCCUGAGUCUAUUGCUAAGGAUGCCGUGGACCCUGGAAAACCUGAUGAGAUGUCAAGCCCAUCUAUGAAUUCAGAUUUAUCUCAUCGGUCUCGUGAUCCAGUCCAUCAUCCAGAAUACCCCUAUGAUAGACCGUAUCAUCUUCGUUCAAGUGAGGGAUAUCGAGGCAGACUACGCUUCAAUGCGAAGAUUAUACGAAAGAAUAUUAUAGAAGUACAAAUUUCUAGUCAUCAGGACGUUUCCUGUUAUAUUAUUGGUCGUUCAGGCCAACGUUCACCCAAGACCACUAUCUAUUCUACAAAGGGGCGUACUCGCCAUAUUCACCUAUCUUCUUGGUUUACUCCUUAUCAGGUAGAAUGUGGAGACAAUGAUGUCUGUACGGUUACAGAGAGGGGCUUGAUGAGUAGAUGGAUGGCAUAG